GACAAAAAAUGGAACACACCAGCAGUGUGAGGAGACCUGAAAGUGGCACAUGGCAGAGUGUGGCGAUGGAGACAGCAGCAAUGGGAGGCCGUACAGGACCCAUGAGACACUGUUGGACCUGGCAGCAGCAUGAGGAGGUGGUACAGGGGCCCAUGGCAGAUUACGGGCCUGGCAGCAGCAAUGGGAGGCACGCCCGUAAUCUGCCAGCACCCUAUGACAAAAAAUGGAACACACCAGCAGUGUGAGGAGACCUGAAAGUGGCACAUGGCAGAGUGUGGCGAUGGAGACAGCAGCAAUGGGAGGCAGGUACAGGGACCCAUGAGAGACUCUGGACCUGGCAGCAGCAUGA